ACGCGCGCUGCUUGCAUGGGAAUAUGCGCUGGGAGAUUUUUUGGGGGGUCUAUUUCGCAGCUGGCCAGGGCCGGAAGCUUUUAGUCUAACAUGAGACAGCCGAGGGUGAGCACCCGAGUUUUCACACACUAAAGGUGCUACAGGGGAGAACGCACUCCGGGGAUAACACCAACCGAGGCAGCGGGAGAGCGAACACCACCACCAUGUACAAGACCAGUUACCUGCACGAGGUGCGCAAGGAGAAGUACGAGCGCUCCGACAUAUUCGAGGAGCCUUUGUCGCCUGACGCGUCGGCGGGCGCUUGUGCCAUCCAGGGCUGGGAGAGCCUGCAGGAACUUAACAGCCGCUUUGCCCGAUACAUCAACCGGGCACGCGUGCUAGAGCAGCGCAAUGCCGUGUUCCGCAAGCAGCUGGAGACGCUGCAGCGAAUGGAGGAGGCCAGCGGGCUUGAGGAGGCCUUUACGGAACAGAUAGAUCUGAACAGGCAGCGCAUCCGCGAGCUCUCUGCUGAUCGUGCAAAACUUGAGCGUGAGCUCAAGGAUGCAUGCCGCAUGCUGGACGAGUUCACCAACAAAUACAGAAAUGAAUGUGAGUAUCAAGAACAGCUGCGGGGUACAUUGGAACAACUCAACAAGGAGGCUGACUAUGCCCUGCUGAAGAACCUGGAGUUUCAGAUCCAGUCUCAGUUCCUUCAGGAUGACAUCAACUCCACCAAAGACAGACACAGGAAGAACAUGGCGGAGAUCCAGACAUAUGUAAACAUCCUGCACCAGAUCAAUCAGGCGAUCCCACUGAUGCCCAAUAUGGCUGUGGGCAUCUCUGAGGAGCAGGAGAAGCAGCUGGCCCAGAGAAGAGUUCCAGCCCUGCAGAGUCAACUGGAGGAGUACAAGAGUGCCCUCUGCCAGCUCCAAGCACAGAAAAAGCGUCUGCAAACCGAGACAUCAGUGUUGGAGAAUUCCAUUAAGAGCACACAGGAGAGCUAUGAUGAUGAGAUCCAGCUGUACAAUGAGAAGAUUGAGUCCCUGAGGAAGGACAUCGAGGAGGCAGAGAAGUCCCUGGAGAAGUACACCAAUGAGUGUCGCCACUUGGCCAUGUACCAGACCUCCCUGGAAAAUGAGCUGGAAAGAUACAAAAGGAUCAUCGAGAACGAGGACAACAGGUUGAAUUCAGCCAUAAUCGGGACUCCGAUUACCUUGUUCACUACAAAUUACCGCUACACCCACAAACCCAUGGUGUCCAGCAGGGGCAGAGACAUCACCCAAGCCAUCCAGGACAUCACCAGUGUCAAGCCUCGCCAGAAGAACCUGGCUAAGAAGGUCAUGAAGAAGAAGGAGAUCAACCCCAAAGACGUGAUGGACAGUGGCCCAGAGGAGAGAGACGGGGGAGUAGAAGCCACGGACGAUGUGAAGCAGGGGGCGGGGGAGGAGGAAGUCGAGGGGGAGGUGAAGAAGGAGCAGACCAACCCCCUGUACACAGGCACGUCCCCCGAGGACGUCCCCGACGGAGCUCAGAUCAGCAAGGCCUUCGACACGCUCUGCAACAUCGUCAGAGACAGAAUGAGAAGGUACAAGAAGCCAGAGCCCAUAGCGGACUUCUACACCAAGGGCCGCUACGUGCUGGUGACCGGUGACAGCAGCUACCUCCACCCCCACUUCUGCACCUCCACCCCGUCCGCUGGACACGUCUUAGUCACCAUCUGCGACAGCGCGGUCUCUCCUUACGACCCCUUCGGCCCUUCGCCCAGCCCCCCGUAUCCCCAGCCCAUGCCAGCCCCUCUCCCACUUACCCCCACCUUACCCUCUGACGGAGAGGAAGGAAAGGGUGAGGAUAAGGGCGGGAAAGGUGGCAGUAAAGGGAAAUCUAGGAAUGGAGACCCGAAGCCUAGUUCUAUGGACCCUACUCCUCCCCCACAGCCCAACCCCACUCCAGCUCCAUGUCCUCACCCCAAAGACCCCAAAGGUCCCAGUAACCCAUCUGGACCCAAGGGGGGUAAAGAUGACAGUUACCACAGGGGCUCUUCUCCCAUGCCUUCCCCUCGUGGGGCCAGCAGCAUGCCCCCUGACUCCAUGAGUUACGAGAAGGUGGAGAUGGUGGAGUCGGUGGAGAAGAUAUCCAAGGACCGCAAGACCAAGGGGUACGAGGAGACAGCCAUGCUGGUGGAGACCAUGAUUGAGAAGACAACCAAGAAGAGACACUGACUUUGAGAUAAGAUUUGAACUUGACCAUAAGAGCUGGUCACACUCCUCACAAGUUCCACCUCACUGUAUGCCAGCAUGAACAAACGCCUUAUAGAGACCACUAUAAGACUGCUAAACUAAAUACACCUUUUAUAAGACCAACAGAGACUGUCCUCACAUUGAUGCCUGCUAGAGGCUCCUUGCACAUUCCUGAUGCUGAUAGUUCACUCACACUCUCUGGCUUUGCGUUCAGCAAGUGUUAGCUGGCUCCAUAAUGCUGCUAUUGUUUUUUUUACCUAUGCCGAUAUGUUUCGCCUUUACUGUCUGAAAACUCGAAGUACAAACAUU